CUAUCAAGUAAAUAAAAAAAUAGAUGUAACCCGAAUUAAUUUGCAAUUUAUGUUCAAAGCAGCAGUUUAUUAAAUUUAUUAGCAUAUUUGAUUCUACGCUUGCAUGUGAAAGAUGCUUGACCAAAUUGAUUAAUCCAAUUCAAUAUGAAGUAUUUUAUAGUGCUUUAAAGAAAUUAUAUGCUCAUAAUGAAUUACAAAACUUAAAUUUGCAGAGACAUGUCCAAAAUUUAAAAAAUAAAUACUUAAGAUUAUUUGAUAAUAUACUUCAAGAAUUAUAGAAAGCUCAGAAAUCAGAAAAGUUCGAAAAAAUACUCCAUAAUUAUUUUAAUUAUAUGGAUAUUAAAGAAUUGCUAAAAUUAAUAAAUAUUUAAUAUGUUAAUGAAGAAGUUAUCAUAGAAAAUUUAGAAUAAUAAUUAUCUAAAAAUCUAGAAAAACAAAUUUUAGAGCUUAAUAUCAAAAUACAAGAGAUAGAAAAAUCUUUAAAAUUAGAUUUAAACUCUAAAUAGGAUUUUAAACAUACUUAAAAAUUAUAAACUUCUGAGAAUUCAUUUGAAAUAUAAACUUCUGGAACAAAUAUUUUUUUUCUGUAAUAAAAAAUAGUCGUUUAGAAUGAGAAAUUUAUUACUAUUUACUCAUAAGAUUAGGAAAGUAUAUUUGAAAAAUAUUUCGACGAUUGUAUUUAGCUUUUUUAAAGUCAAGUUAAUAAUAAUAUCGUUGGAAUAGUUAGUUCAAAAACACUUUCUUUAAUUACCUUGAAUGAAAAAAAUUGUUAAUUAAUUAAUUAUAAUUAAGUGGCUGAGUUAAAAUCAGAUAUUUGUGGAUUAUGCUUUAAUGAAGAUUCAAGUCUUAUAUGUUAUUCUGAUUAUGAAGGCAUACACAUUUCUGAAUAUAUAAAUAAUCAAUUAAAAGAGGCUGCUCUAAUUGAAAAUGAAAAGUUAAAUGAUGGCAUUGAACCUUUCCUUAUUAACUUAUUGGUAUGCAUCAAAAAUUAAAUCUAUUAUAUUAACGAUAGAGGCUCCUUAUAUAGAUAUGAUUUCAAUCCAUAGUUAAAGUAAAUUAAUUGUAAAAUGACUUAUCAUUCAAAAUUAUAACAUAUGUAUGCAUACAUAAAUGUUAUUUAAAACAAUGUUUACAUAAGUUCUUUAAAAAACCAUUUUUAUCACUAUAUCAUUCAAGAUGAUCAAUUCAAAUUAAUAAAUAGUGUGUCUUCUUAACAUCAAAAUUUUAAAAAAAACCUAGUCAUUAAUGAUCUUUUAUUCGUUUUAUAUAAAUAAGAAUUGAAGAUUUACAAACUUGAUCAAGAAUUAAAACUUGUAGGUUCAAAAUAAUUUCAAAACGAGAAGUUAUUAUCCAUCGCAGUUUUUUUCCCAAAUGCACUUUUAGUUGGGACUAAAGUUUAUUAUCUAAAUAUAUUAUCUUUGAUUUGAA